AUGAAGCAAGAAAAGAGAGCGUCGAGCUUCACUGGCAGGACUGAUCUCAGGGAUGAUUAUGUUUCGCCAUUCUGCUCCUCUUCCUGUCCAACAACGAUUGAUCGAAUGAACUGUGUCCUGACAAGUGCAGAAUUCAUUGCACAAACACAUGCACAAUCCUGCAGCACUGAAGAAUUGCUGCCUCGGCAAUCACUCUGCGUUGUGCAAAUGAUGGGAAGCAGCAGUUGUAGUGAUGAUGAGAAGGAUGCGGAAAUGUCCUCGGACACAGACAAAAAACAAUCCAAAAAUGUGCAGCUACCCAUUGGCAGUGGCAGUGGCUAUACCAGCAGAGAGGAGCAUGAUGAGGGCUUGAUUGGUGACAACAAACAUCAAGGGGAAACUAGCAUCCCAUUUGGGGAUGAAGACAAUGAUGUCCAAACAACCUGCCACGAAUCAGAUCUAACAAUCGAUGUGACCAUUGCGGAAGGCCAAGACAAGGUCAAUACCAUGCAACAAGAACCAAACAAUCCUUGUCGUGUUGAGCAAAAUCCUGCCGGGGACACCUUCCAGGAUGAAGACUGUGAGAGCCAACCUGUUUGCACCGAAAAUGUCAUAACUAGGGAAACCUUUGUUGAUGAAGACAUGCAUGAGGAUUUUCAAACUGUACUCAUUGAGUGA